UCACUUAGAAACCGGCAGCCAUGUUUGAUCCUUGUCAUAAAUACAGAUGGAGUAUCAAAAAAAAGAGUCUUGUAACAGUUGCUUAUGUUCUGUACAAUUUGGUCGAUCUUGAUUGGUGUAAUUAUAAAUUAAGUGAUAAUAGAUAUCUGUAUAAAUGGUGCGACAAGUUCGAAAAUCUAAUACAGUGACAGUUAAGAGUUUGUCAUUAAAUAGAUUGUUUUUAUGUCUUUUAACUACCGAAGGAAAUUCAUAAGAGAGCAAAGAUGUUAAAUCAAGCUGUUGUCGAAGCAUUAUAUUCUGCAACGUAUAUCGAGAAUUACUUAGAUUGUGUGGAAAACUUGCCAAAUGAUUUACAGAGACAUGUAUCCCGGUUACGUGAGCUGGAUGCCACUUGCCAAACAUAUUUGCGUGAGGUAGACCAACAACAAGAAGCUUUAAAGAAUGAUACAGAUUUAGCAGUUAAAAGAAGAGCACUUUUAAGGGUUCAACAAGCAUUAAUUGCAGCACAAGAAAUAGGAGAUGAGAAAUUGCAAAUAGUUCAACAAGUUCAAGAUCUCAUUGAAAAUAAAUCUAGACAGCUAGACUUAGAUUACCGUAAUCUUGAUUUCGGAAAGGAGCAAGAAAGUAAUGAAUCAGUUCGUGAAACAAAUGCAAAUAUAAAUUCUAACUCUUCUGGUAAUGCAAACAAUACAGAAAGACAACCAAAAAGAGCCAGGAGAACAAGGACAGACACAAUGGUUGAAUCUUCCAAUACUAUGGACAUGAUUGUGAUGACAGAAACACGUUCUAAUUCUUUGUCAAAUGCAAGUAAUGGUAAUCAAAAGAAGACAACUACUACUAAUACAGGCAAAAAGAAGAAAAGGAAAUCUAGACAAGGUAAUCAGCAAAAUCAGCAUCGUGAAGAUACUCCACCACCACUAGAAGAUGAUCUUGCAAUUGACCCAGACGAACCAACAUAUUGUCUGUGUGAUCAAAUAUCAUAUGGAGAAAUGAUAUUAUGUGACAAUGAUUUAUGCCCUAUAGAAUGGUUCCAUUUUUCGUGUGUUUCAUUAAGUACCAAGCCCAAAGGCAAGUGGUUCUGUCCAAAAUGUAGAGGGGACAGGCCAAAUGUUAUGAAACCCAAAGCACAAUUUUUAAAAGAAUUAGAAAGGUAUAAUAAAGAAAAAGAAGAGAAAUCGUAGCAGGAGAAGGUUAGUGAACAAUAUAAAUACAUUGGAAGACUUAAUUCAAAUUAAAGACAGCUUUUAUGAUAUACCUUGUAAUAUUAAGUGCUUUUUAAAAUCUUAUUAAACAGAGCAACUUGUGGCAACCAGUGAAAUGGGUCUAUCAAUAGUUUACUUACUUACAGCAGCAGAUAAAUUAUAUUUGUACAAUAUUUGCUAUUGUAAAUACUGUAACAGCAGUAAAUAAUUAGAGUAAAAUAGAAAUUUUGAAUGCUGUAAAGUAUGUUUUAAAAUUGCUUCAUAUUUGUUCAAAGUGGAAAGCUUAGUGGGCUUCUACACACAUUAAGCAAUAUAUGUAUAGUAUAUAAAUACCAUACAGAUCAAUGAUAAAUAUCUAAAAUAUAUAUUUCACGUUCAAAUUACAAUAGCAGUAUUAAAAGACAGAAAGUAACUUUUGUAAUAUAAAUUAAUUGUGUCAUAAAUAAAAUAACUUAAGAUCAA